GCGCGAAGGUGCAGAUGUUGGCGGUCUGAGGGUCUGAGGGUCUGAACCAGAGGACCCGGAGAACUGAAGUGGGAUCAUCGCACUUGACGAGGUAUUAAAGACAACACUUCUGCUGAAAUGGAAGCCUGUGGAGGAAUCCAAGUGAAAGAGCUGAACAAGCGUAAUUCAGGUCAGGCGUUUGAGGUCAUCCUGAGCCCCUCAACUCCUGACGCCAAGGUGGAAUUUCCACUGUCCCCUCUUAAAAAGAAGGAAACGUCACUGGAUGGUAUUAAGAAGAAACUGGAGGCUGCUGAGGAGAGACGCAAGAGUUACGAGGCUGAUGUGCUGAAACACUUGGCUGAGAAACGAGAGCACGAGAAGGAAGUCAUCCAGAAGGCCCUCGAGGAAAACUGCAACUUUAGCAAGAUGGCGCAAGAGAAGAUCAAUCAAAAGAUGGAGGCAAACAAGGAGAACCGCAGCGCACGGAUGGCAGCUCUCAACGAGAAGUUCAAGGAGAAGGACAAGAAGCUGGAAGAAGUGAGGAAGAACAAGGAGGCGAAGAAAGAACAUGAAAAUUGAUUUGAUAUAAGCUACAAAAACAAAACAGUUUUGACAUCUCCAAAGAUUUGGCUAUAUUUUUUUAUCUGAUGCUUUCACUACUAUUCUUUUUUAGACUUGUUUACACUGUUGAUACUGAUGCUGUUACACUGUUAGUUGGUUAUAGUUGGUCAUAGCUUAGAUUUUGUGUGGAUAUAGUUGGGUUUAACUUGUAGACUUCUAUUUGGCAGCUGAUUUCAUAUUUUGUAGAAGAACUUUGUUUUUUCAUGAGAAGACAUUUCAUUGCAAUGAACUAGUCCUCAUGCUUCCUACUGUUAAAAUACCUUUUCUGAGCUGUUAAUAAAGUUUUAAGUUUGAAUAUA